AUGAGCAAACAAAAUAGUAGCCGAAUGGCGGAAUUGGCAGCAACGAUUUCAAAGAACACUGAAAUUUUUGAGCAUUAUCUACAACUCCAUAACAUCCCACCUCUGUCAUUCGACAAGGAGGCACCCCUUGAUCUAAACCUCCCAACGCAGAUUCUUCAGGCCCAGGAAGAGAUAUUCGAGGCCAGUGUCGAACUUCAAGCACUUGCAAAAGGCCCCUUUGCAAAUAUCCGUAACCAAACAAUGCCGCAUUGCAAUUUGAUUUCUCUACAGGCCAUCAUUCGUUUUGGUAUUGCCACAAGCUUCCCUAUCGAGGCCAAUGUCUCCUACAAGCAAAUAUCAGAAACUUGUGGUUUGAACGAAGGAGAACUUCGACGGCUCUUGAGGCAUGCUAUGACCAACUACAUAUUCCAUGAGACUGAUGAAGGAUUGGUAGCCCACACUGCGGCUUCAAGGGUAAUAGCGGAAAACCAAGCUUUCAGAGAUUUCAUUGGAAUGGUGUGCGAUGAAAUGUGGCCGGCUGCAUCUCGUACUGUCGACGCGAUAGUCAAAUGGCCGGGCUCCCAAGAGCCUGCUCAUACGGGCUUUGCGAUCGCCAACAACAUCGAAGAGACGCUGUUUUCGGAAUUAGGCAAAGACCCUUUUCGAGCCAAGAGAUUUAGUAACGCUAUGGCCAUGGUGAAUAGUGAAGUCGGGUUUGAAUCAUCUCACAUAGUUGAUGCGUUCACGUGGUGGGAUUCCAUCAGAACUUUCGUCGAUGUUGGCGGUUCUUUUGGAGAAGUCGGUAUCGCUCUUGCAAAUAGCUUCCCGAGCCUUCAUUGUACCAUUCAGGAUCUUCCAGUCAUCGUGGAUCAAGCGUCCACUUCCGUGCCCCAAGAGAUAUCUAACAGAGUGACUUUCAUGGCCCACGACUUCUUUACUGAGCAGCCUGUUAUGGGAGCCGAUGUCUAUCUGUUCCGCUGCGUUUUUCAUAACCACUCCGAUAAGUACUGUAUCAAGAUCCUCCAACGCUUGAUCCCAGCACUGAAGCCCGGCGCUCGAAUUGUCAUCGCAGAAUUUAUCGUACCACCACCUGGCUCUGUCUCAAAAUAUAAAGAGUGGUUGAUCCGAUCUAUGGACCUUGCGAUGGCUGAACUUCUGAAUGCAAAAGAAAGAGAUCUUGACGAAUGGAAAAUAUUGUUUAAGAACGCUGAUGGGAAGUUUGAUUUGAUCGGAAUGAAACAGCCGAAAGGCUCAAAGCUAUAUUUUAUUGAAGCAAGGUGGAACUAUCUAAGCUCAAAAUUUUGA